AUGGGUAUCUUCAGCAGGCGCUCAAAGGCGCCAGCCGACAAGGAAAAGGCUGGUGACCCUCUCGCCAAUUAUGUCAAACCGAAACCAACUGGACUGCGCUUGUUGGUGGCAGUGAUGUACAUCAUCUCGCUGGUGUUUCUCAUCCUCGUCGAGAUCGGUAACAUCAACAAUAUGCCGGUCAUCAGAAGUACCUACUUCCUCAAAAUUGACCUGGCCAAUGUCAUCCCAAAUACGGUACCGAACGCAAUAUUUAUCAACUCGAUCGCGCGAAGUAUUGGAUUGCACGACUUCUAUCAAGUCGGUCUGUGGAACUUCUGCGAGGGGUAUAACGGGGAGGGCAUUACCGAUUGCUCCAAUACGCAGACGUUGUACUGGUUCAAUCCUGUCGAAAUAAUCCUCAACCAACUCCUGGCUGGCGCCUCGAUCUCGCUCCCUACAGAUGUGACCAAUAUCUUGGACAUUGUCCAGAUAGCCAGCAAUUGGAUGUGGGCUUGCUUCCUGGUCGGCGCGUGUCUGACGUUUCUCUGCAUCUUCAUUUGCCCGAUGGGUUUCUCGAAGAAGCCAAGAUGGCAGCACAAGGCUAAGCGGAUCUUCCUUCGACAAUUGCCGAUCACGUUACUCGCAUUUCUGGCUGCGCUGUUCACAACGGUCGCGACUGUCGUUGCGACGGUCAUGUUCAUUAUCUUCCGUAACACCUUUGCUGGAGCCGCGGACCUCAAUAUCGAAGCUCAUAUUGGGUCUGAGAUGUUUGCAUUCAUGUGGAUUGCGACGGGGUUCAACUUGAUCGGGCUCAUCAUUCAGCUCGGGACGUGCUGCGGAGUGUGCUGCUGUACAGGGCGAAGAAAGGCGGAGCGAAUCAGUCGGACUGCGGUCAGUAAUCACGAAGCGCACAAUCAGACAGCGACGACUGCUUCAUCGGACGAGGAGACUGUGGUCGCUGCCAACUCGGCAAACAGGCGGCGCUGGGGCUUUGGGAAGAAGUAA